GAGGGAGGCAGGGCUGGACUUUGGGUUUCACAGCAGCCACAUGAUAUCAGAAUCUUUGAGACAGGCACGUUGAGCACUGAGGUAGCCAGCUCUUCAGAACCUUUUCCAGAGUGCACAGCUGUGGCAGAAAGGGACAACAGAAUGGACGCAGAGAGUUCAGUGAAUGAUGAUCAGGAAUGGAUGCCUGUUCCACAUCAUCAGGAGAACAUCCAGGGCCUUGGGAGGGACUCACUUGGCAAGGAUGAGGAUUUUCAGGAAGCACUGAUUAUUGAGGAGAAGAAUGAGGUCACUCUAAGGGUGAAAAUGACCAUGGGAAUUGACCAGGAACAAACAGACAUCCUUAAUAAACAAGAAGAAAACACCACAAAGGACUGCAUUUUGCCUUCUUCAAACUUCAAGGCCUUCAGAGUGACGGAGGACAUCUCUGAUACUGAUUUUACAGAUGGAAUGCAAGUGCAGAAGCCUGAGGCAUCGUUCAGAGCCCCAGAAAAGAAGGACAACCUAGAACAACUGAAGGCCACAUCACCAGGCCAAGAUGGACCUGAUGCUACAGUAGUGGCUCCUGACCUAGGCUUGUCUGAUCCAGAGACAAGGUCUUCAGUUUCCACUAGUUUCAGAGAAAACCUGCCAUCAAUGUGGACGUCAACCAAAUUUAAAUCUCAAGAGAAGAGAAGGACUAAUGAGAUGAUGUUACCAAGAAGUCCAGGAGUACAGCAGCAGAUUUCAACAUUAGAACAUGAAUACAACACUGAAGUGCCAUCUGUUGCCCCAGCAGAUAGACCAGAGCUUAAAACAACAGAGCCAGCUACAGAGAUGUCUGAAAUCCUAAACUCUCUAAAGGGUAUCGCCACAGAGGAGAGAGAAACCAGGGAGAACUUUGGAGAAGAUAAAGUGCUCCCUAACAGUCACAAACUUCUAACCGAGUCAAGGCUGGAAAAGCAUCAGAAAGAGGAGAAUCAUCCAGCUAUAUCAGACUUGGACUAUCUGAAGGAAAACAGAAAACUUGACACUUCAUGCAUUAGGUCACCAGCUGGAGGAGUCUGUGAGGAGCGGGAGCCAUUUUCAAAGAUCUUCGCUCGCUUUCGUGAAACGAAACCCCAGAAUAUACCCUCGUCUCCACAAAUGGAAGAGGCAUCUGUUGCAACCUCUGGGUCUGCCAAUGAUUUUGCACUAUGCCAAAACAAACCUACAUUGCAAAGCAAAGAAGACAAGAAUGAUAUCAUAUCCUCUACAAGCGUAACAGACAGCAACCUGUCUCCUAAAAGUCCCGAGAGAAAAGAUGAGGAUUGCCCUCUAGCAGAAACAGCGAAUGUCCAAACUGAGGAGAUGCCUGAGAGGUUUGUGGCAGUGGUAAGUGCAAAGCCAGAGAUGCUGUCACUCCCUGGCAUUGCACAUGGCGCUAUGGGCGAAUUGGAUCCCCAGUUGGCCUUAUAUGCAGUAAUGGAAUCAAAAGGAACUCCAAUCAGGGAGACAGAAAUGAGGGAUGGAGGUGAGGUUUCUGCCGAAGCAUUUGAAGAUGCUGGGGACUUGUCAGGCAAGAUGCCAUCAUUACUCAAAGACAAGCCUUUUGGCAAGAACAUGGCAUUAGACGUGGACCAUUUGACAUCAGUAGACAGAGUCUUGGACAAGCUAAUGUCAAAGAAAGAUAGAGACAAACCCUUGGGUGUGAUGACAUCAUCAGAGAGAGACAGAGUGAACCAGUACACUGAGAAAACUAUUCUGCAGGAAACAUCUGCAUCCAGUUCUACCUCUGAGCCCAUCCCUGACUCUGGGAUCACCACAGGUCAUGGAAAGGACAGGCCAGAAAAGAAGCUACUGCCUUCACAUGUAGAAUCAAUGACUGUGGCUUUGGUUACUUCUCUACCUGUGGAAAGACAAAUAAUGAAUGUGACAAAUGAGAAGGAAGGCCCUCUAAAAGCAUUGAAGGACAGCUGUGAGUCUUCUGAGGCAGCUGGGGUAAUGCAGAAACCCAGGACAGCUCUUCUAGAUGUGAAAAAUUCCCCUCCAGUAUGUAAUGUACAGCACAAGACAGGACAGAACAAGCCUGCUCCAGAAGCAAGUGGACAGACUUUCACUUCUGACCCUGAUAUUACAAAGUCUAGCCAAACAGAUCAAAACAAAGCAAAGAAUGAACAGACUGCUCCAGCUACACAGAGUGGUGUCACAGUAAGGGAAAAGGCACAAAACGCUUCGAAAGGCAGGCCUGUAUCUGACCUGAUAAAAGAGACCAUCCAGCUGCAUGAGAAGAUGAAGGAGUGGACCAAACCGGCAGAAUCCAAAGCUGAGGUGGCUUUAGGCACUGCACAGUCAGUCAAAGUGGCACAGAUGAAGGCAGCAUUUGACCCGCCGAAAAAAUCACCAGAUAAAGCGCUUGAGAGGAAGUCAUCGACAAGGAAAGCCUUGCUGGCUGCUGCACCCUGA